AUGAGUGACAUGGAGACAGUGAAAGUGGUAGUGGUUGGUGACUCCGGUGUAGGCAAGACAUCAUUGGUACACCUAAUCUGCCAAAAUGAGCCAUGUGCCAAGCCAUCGUGGACGAUCGGCUGUGCGGUGGACGUCCGCAUUCACGAGUUUCGCGAGGGCCUGCCGGAGCAGCGCACGUACUGUGUCGAGCUGUGGGACGUGGGCGGCAGCGCGGCGCACGCCAACACCAGGCGCGUCUUCUACGGCGGCGCGCACGGCGUCAUACUGGUGCACGACCUCAGCAACCGCAAGACGCAGAACACGCUGGCCGGCUGGCUGGCCGAGGUGCUGAGCCGCGACGCCGGCGAGUCGGCCGCCUUCGACCCGGAGACGUUCGCCGGCUCGGCCACCGCCCAGCUGCCCGUGCUGGUGGUGGCCUGCAAGCCGGACCUGUCCGACCCGCGGCGCGCCGCCCACCUCCAGCGACAGGCGUCCCGGUUCGCCGACGAGUGCGGCGCCCAGGAGAUCACCGUCGACUGUCUGAGCGCCCGCUCGCUGGCGGCCGGCAGCAGCAACGCCGUCAAGCUGAGCCGGUUCUUUGACAAAGUGAUUGAGCGCCGCUACCAGCGGGAGCCGGUGACCCAGCACUGGGAGCGGCGCCGGCCCGGGCCGCCCGUCAGACACUCGUACCGCGACUACUGA